GACGUCACAUCAUUGUUUCUCUUGUCUCCGCACGUCCAUGACUCGUAUGUCGAUUCGGAUGGAAUUUAACGGUAUUCAUAUAUGGAAACGACAUCCCAGUGUUAGAGUCUCCCAGUGACGAUGUCAAACAAAGUAACACGAUGGAUCCGAGCAGGCAUGGAGUUGUGUGCAGCUUGCUUGCUCCCUGCUUGCGCUGGGCACCUUCCGCCGAGAGUCAGCAAGAGGAAGAAGCGCCGAUACUGGAUGCUGGGAAGAGUCUUGAAGAUUGGACCCAACACUUGUGGACAUGGAGGUUCUCUUCGAGUCGACGGAGAUCAAGGGACCAAAGGUGUAACCGGAGAAGAGGGUGAACAAAAUAAGAAACUAUGUACAAGCGAACCCGACGCUAAUAUCCAAGCUAAAACGUGUUGCAAUGGAAGACCCAGACGUGAGGAGAAAGCCCAAACACGAAGACGCAGGCAUUUCCCGAGGCGACGCUCAAAGAAGACACGCAGUCGACGGAAGAUGAGAGAUCGCCUGCUCUGCAAGUUGCAGGCGAGGAAAAACGCCAUUGACCUCAAGUCGAGAUACCUUGACCUGCAAACAUUCAGAAACUCGGAUGAUAAUAUCGGAAUCAGUGAAUUAAAGAAGGGUUUAUUUUGUGAAGAGGCUAACAGUGACAACAAGCCGAGCAUUUCACUGGCUAUGACACAGAUUGACAAGUUGGUGUAUGAGAAGGUACAGAAGCGUUUUGGUCACUGCAAAUCAGCCUGGUUGGAACAUGAAGAUCCUAACUAUGAUGCUUCCUCUGUGAAUGAAAUGAAUGAUGCAGUGCACACAAAAGAACAUCCCCCCAAAAGCCGAAGGGAAAAUCAUUGCAGGGCCAAUGAUUUAACAGAGAAAGGAAGAUAUGGAGCCAAAUACAAUUAUCUCGAGGUCUAUGACAUGAACCAGGAUGGCAAAGAAGAUGCAGAUUUAAACAUGUGUGGGGACGUGAGUGGGCAAAACGAGCGGAAUGGUGUUAAAGUCACUGCAUCUGGACAAUAUCUGGAAAUGAGAGGCACCAAGUAUGUGUCUGAAGAGCAUAAGGAAAGCACCAUAGAUUUGGUCGAUGCUGGUGCUGUAUACGAGUCCUCGUCGGAAGAGUCUCUGAGUUCAAAACAUGCUGUAGAAGGAGAUUCACAAGGGGUGUUUAAUGAACCUACGUAUGCCCUGAUAGUAAACAGGCUAACUGCCCACUGCGUUGGUCUCGAUAUUGAUCAAGAAGAAGAAGAAGAAGAAGAAAAUAGGAUGAUACAGGUUGAGCUGUAUUCUGCCAAUUCAAUAAGACUUUGUCUAUCAGACAGGAAGGAACUGGAGAAUGUUUAUGACGUUGUAAGAUGUCCAAACAGAAGUAAAGACAACACAGAAGGCACUGAGAUGUUAACCAGGGAUCCAUCCCUGCGUGGCGACACAGUUAAUACAUGUCCAGGCGAAGAAGAACAAGAAAUAAGAAUUGGCAACUUUGCAGUAUCCAGCAAACUGACCCCACAUGUUCCUGCCAACAAAACACCAACUGAGUUCCCCCACGAUGAUGGCCAACGGGGCAUAUCCCCCAUACAGGGGCCAGAGAGGGCUGAAGAAGAUGACAUCACAAACGGAUCAUUUCGGAUAUCAGUAACAAUCCGCGUUGGUGGACACAGAGCAACAGAUUCAAAUGAAUCCAAAGGUAUAAUCCUUGACAUCAAUGAAGAACAUCCGAAUGGAAAUACUCCAAGCACCAACAAGCAGGAGGCGGGAGAUGGGCAGGAUCUACCAGGAUGUCCUCAUUGGCAUCCACAACGUCAAGCAUCUCCAACGGCUGUUCCAGGUGUUGUGGAACCAUCUGCCGUGGGGGAACAGUCUGUUACAAAGCUACCCAAAUCUGCCGUGGGAGAACAGUCUGUUACGAAGCUGCCCAAAUCCCCCUUGGUCGCUGAACGCCCUGAACACCUCCAGGGCACCAGGAAAAAACCUCCACUUCAUCCAACUCGACUAAAAAAUAAGAAAGUUUCUGAUGAAAUUCAAGGGCCAGAGAACACUGUUGAAGAUCACGUGAAGCUGUGAUAGCAGUGCACAUAUGGUCUGAGGAUUGUUUGAGCAGUCAAUACACAAGUUGUAGUUCAUUAUUAAUAUUUCUUCAUAAACUGUAAUUGAAAUCAACAUAAACAAUUUGGCUGUUUCCAGUUCUCAGUUUGACUUUCCAAACAUGGAUGUUUGAGAGAAAAUCAUGUGAGAUUUAGUAUAUCUGCAUGUAUAAUCAACAUUAAUGAACCUUUCAUUUGAUAACAUGAAUGCAUAUGUGGAAUAUAAAUAAAUAAUUCUUUUAACCAAUUAUUGAGAUUUAAAUUUCAGUGUCAUGAAAGGUUAAAAUAUGAAUACUGGGAAAAUAUGAGAAUAUCUGUAAGUUGUUUUACCAUAUUUUGUAGUUUCUAAUGUUAUGUUUGGUUUGUUUCCUGUACUCACUGGGCUGACAUUGAUCUCCAGCUAAAAUAUGAAAAAAAAUAAAUUAUUUUCUUGAUAUGUAUACUCAUCGAGAAAGACAAUCGCGAAUACCAUACAUGUUGGUGAAUAUAUGAAGAAUAACUCAUAUUCAAGAGAUAUUAGAUUGGUCGAUACACAAACGAACAUACUGGAAAGUUGUGUGAACCGACGCUCGUGAACACAUCAAUUGUGAUGUCAUAGAUCCAUGACUUCAGAUGAACCAUUAUUCCCAUGCAGGAUUAUCAUGUAAAGUUUGGAAAUCAGGUGCAGGAUAUCGUGAUAAGAAUAAAGACACUCUGUGGUAACACUUGACCGAUUGUUAGUUUAGUCAUUAAGUGGUACACAUUGGAAACAUCUCUUCUCAACAUACUUCUAUGUAUGUUUCUAUGGUUUGCAUUUCUUCAGGCGGUGAGUAUACAUAUCCAACAAAUGUCUCAUGAGGAUAACGUACUGGGAGGGCAAUAGUCAUAUCAUGAAACAAUGUUAAUCAAAGUAAUGAACAUUUAUGUCACAAGGAAAAUGUUUCCUCCAAACGGACGUCUUGGUUAUGAAGACAACGUUGAUAACAAUGUUUUCAACCUGCCUGUGUUUGUUCACCAUUAUGUUUGAGCCUGGAAUACUGGUACUCUAGUUGAUCCAUAACAUGAGAAUUUUAAAGUAAAUAUAAAUAUAUA